AUGGCAGAACCUUUAGGAGCUUUGGAGAUCUCUGUUCUCCUUUGUUCUGAGCAAGGCGAGGACUCCAUCAGCACCUUGGGCCUGAUCCUUGGCGUGGGACUGUCGCUGCUGCUCGUGUCCAUCCUUGGCUACAGCUUGGCCAAGUGGUACCAGCGUGGGUACUGCUGGGAGGGGCCUAAUUUUGUCUUCAACUUAUACCAAAUCCGGAAUCUGAAGGACUUGGAGGUGGGGCCACCCUUCACCAUCAGUGGCCACAUCAGCAGUCCAGAUGGUGGCUAUAUGAAGUUCUCCAAUGAGAGAGUCUGAUGGAGGAACAUCUGGCUUCUGGAAAUCAUGAAAGGAAAAGGAUCUUGUGUCAGCAUGAGUCCCUCUGGACUUCUCUCCCUCCCUGGACUGUGAAUGCCUGGCCUGGCCCAGAGUGUGGGGAAUGACGGGCCUUCUCUUGGUCGUCUUUCAGCCCUCAUAGACCUGGGCCUCUGCAAAUGGACCUGGCCAGGCUCAGCCGGACACAGAGAGACAACUGUUCCCCAAAGAGAACUCCUGGAUUCCAGGAGGCCCUGGGCCCAUAGGAGCCACGUAUCCUGCAGAGCCGAUCCCGCAAAUCACAGCCAGGCCUGCCCUCCUCCUCCUGUCAGUCACAUCAGUGUGGACAGGUCUCCGAGACUCCGUGGAGGCACUCUUCAUGUGGCAUCUGCUGUCACUUCAUCUUGUCAAGUUGACUCCAAGGGCUGGAGAUCCAGUCAUCUUCACUAGGGAGUUAUGUGGUUAGAGAGGUGAUUUUAGACAUGUUUAUAAAACCUUCCCACCAGUGACCAACUUUUCUGAACUUGGGUCAUUAUCCUAUAGUCUUCUCCUCUGUGCUUGGUCUGGGCACUUCCCAUUCUUUUCUACCAUUGCUGCCUUCCUUCCCCUCACUGGUUUUCCCUUCUGUGAGAGACCUCAGUACUUACCAAACAUAAUCAGAGCAGUCUAGCAACCACGUCCUCACUGUCCAGGCUCCUGCACUGGGAUGGGCAUGGGGCAUGAGGUACUAUCUCCCAGUGUCUUCCUUUCUGUACAGAGCCUGCCCUGUGGGGCAGAAAGUGACCAGAGAUGGUAGGGCAGCAGGAGGCCCCAGGCUGAGGCUAAGCAAAGCCUGUAAGGACAAGGACGGCAGGACAAUUUACCUACCGAGUCAGCACUUCUUCCUCUGCCCAUGACCUACUGAGCUGGAGGCGGAGCUGGUACCAGGAGAUUUAGCUUACUGGGUGCUUAGUAUAGACUGAGCCUGUCCAGAGAGGCCGAGUUCCUGAAGAAGCUGUGAAUAGAGGGCAGCAUGAGGGGCCUGUGCUGCUCAAGUUGGGCACUGGACCAACCAGCCCCCACCCAAGGCCAAAGGGCAAGGGCCAGGACAGAGACAGGAGAAGGGGCGUGCCAUGAUUUGCUGCCUAUCUGCCCUUUGCUGAAGUCCGUGUUUCUUUCUUGCAUAGGCCUUAAACUGACUGUGGAGGAAGGAAGGAGCCUGGCAGCUCCUCCCUGCUUCUGGCCAGAGACUAGGGGCCUUUUGCCUGCUUAGCCAGGCUCAGACACAGCAAACCAAGUCUCUAGAGUUAAAUGCUUUUGGCUAGGUCUUCUUUUCUAGGGCCCCUCAUGGCUCUUGAUCCAUCUCCUUUCCUUAAAGGCCUCUUGGAGAGAAGGGUAUCCAACUGUAUCCAAGAGGAGACUGUUGCUUCUGGCUUUCUUCUUCCUUGGAUACCAGCCUUGACGUCCCCUUUUGGAACCUUGUUCGGCCCCAGUAACAAGCUCAACUAUGCCCUGCUCAGUGUGGAUCACCUACGUCCUCAGAAAUGCUCAGGACUCAGUGACCUUGGCAAAACCUCUAAAGAGAAUGAGACUUGGGUCCCAGGUAGUCCUGGCCCCAGGUCAGGUGGCUUCAGGUGAGGACACAGGGACAUCUGUCCAGGGCUGGGAGAGAGGAGGGUAUUUCCCAUCCUCAAAAGCAGAACCGAGAAUAUGCUGCUUCCUCUUUCAGGGCCCUCUGACGCGAUCUGCGUUCCCUUUGCGCCCCCUCGUUUUCCUUACUUCCUCAGGCCCACAGUGUAGCACAGUUUUCUUCACUCUGGACACUGGGCCCCACCCUAGGACUCCUCUGUUGAGGACUCUGAAGGAGCAGAUUCCAGCUUCCUCAGAAAAGAGUAAAUAUCCAGCUAUAGGUCUGUGGGGGCUGGGCACUCAGAUCCUUGGCCAUGUCAGGCCUCUGUAGUACUCCCUUUCCCUCCUCUUAACCUUCCUCAUCCCACUGGAGGGCCUGCUGUCCUGGGGCUGCCUACUGAGAUUUCUCUGCCACGGUUCCUCUCUGGUGCCCUUGGCAGGUCUGUCCUCCUCCCUCCACCCCCUUCUAGCCACACCUAGACCCAAUUAACAUCAAGUCCUGUCUUUCCUCUUUCCUGUAACUUUCCUCAGGAUUCAAGACAAGACAUCUAGACCUCCCCCCAGAGUUUUAUUAUGUAGUCUGUCCUGACUGACUUGGAACUUGCUAUGUAGACUAGGUUGGCCUCCAACUCACAGAAAUCUGCCUGCCUCUGCUUCUGCCUCCUGAGUGCUGGAAUUAAAGGCAAAUGCCACCACACCUGGCAGACACUACUGAUUUUGAUCCCUAUUGCAGAGGAUCAUGUUUUUUCCAUGUGAAAAAACCCCAACCAGGCUGAGCCUCUUGUAGCCGGAGCUCUCUAAUAACCCCUCAAAUAAAGCACAAUAAAUAAACUUAAUAAGUGCUCAUUAAGAAGAAAUGGCAGGCAAUCUUGUUCGGGAAAGAGUACUCAGCAGCCUGUGGAGGACCAGACUGCUUAUACAGUCCAUUUUCAUACAUGUUACUGCAUUUAGAGCCCUGUGGCCACCCUGUGACACAGGGAUUAUUAUCGACCCACUUUAUAUAGAGGGAGACCAAAAGGUUCAGAGAAGUGGCUUGACUUGUCCAGGGCUGCCCAGCUGCCCAUUGGUCAUACUGGAGCCUGAGCAGAGUCUGUGGCCUCAGAGACACAGCCUUACCUCAGGGCUUAGUGGAGUAAGGACUGAACAUGGUAGAAAAGGACCUGGUUCUCUCUCUGUCCUGCAGUGCUGUGUGGCCAUAGGCUAGUCACUCCACUUAUCUGGGCAUCUAUUUCAACAUCAAGAAAGCCAAAGAUUAAUCUGUUUCUCUAAGGCUCCUCUUGGCUCUUACCUUGUUUAUUAAAAAGAAAAAUUUAAUCUCUGUUUAUCAUAUGCAGGGCACAUUGUAGGUACUCAAUAAAUAGUUGAAAGAUACAAAUACAGUGUGAAGUCUUAACUCUAAUUUAGGAGGUGUGUGUUAAAAGGUGACUGAUAAGGUUCUUUGACAUGCCUACUCGUCUUUCCUAAACUUCACAGAGAUCUGGCAGAAUCAAAGACUGUCCAAAGACUCCCUCCCUGUCUCCCAUUCCCAAGCAAGCCACUCUGUACCUGAUAGAUGAACACUAAUGUUUGCUGGGCACACACUGGUACAGGGCAGGGGCUCCAGGCCCCCAGUCUUACUUCAGCCUCAUGAGAGGGGAAGCAAAGGCUCAGGUAUAGGAAAAUUAUCUACUGAAAGCUGGGCAAUAAUUUAUUUUCCUUAAGAUCCUUGGUCAGUGACUUGGAGCAUCAGUCCGAGCUGCAGCUCCCCUAUCACCCUCGGCCUCCAAGGAUGUAACUCUAACCUCUUUCUAGAUUUCCUGGAGUGAGGAAUGGGGGUCUUAGGGCUCAGCUAUCCUGAGGCACCACCCUCAGCUCUGAGCUUCUCGUUCACUGACUCUCCACUCCUCCUUUUGCUUUUUACUCCUUCCUUGACUUCCAAAUCACCAUGUUCUGCCCAUUCUUCAGAGUGGCUCAGAUUAGCCUUCUUCAAGACCCAUGAACCAUGUUCUCUGCUGAUUUUAAUAUAAAUAUCCUCUGGCUCCCAUAACUUCAUUCAUUCAUUCAUUCAUUCAUUUCUUCUAUUCCUCCAGGAACUUGGUUAGGCCCUAUAGGAUGUGCAGUCUCUCAGGAGAUUAACCUGUUCUCUCCUAUAUGAUGAGAAUUCCUGCAGACAGAGUUAGACUUUGCAUCUCUUCUGAGUUUCCUGGGGGGCCUUGUGUAGUUCUGGUUAGAGGCAGCAACUUCUCAGGAAACUAUGUGAAGAAAGUUCUUGGUCUCUUUAGGGUAUCUUAUGCAUUGCUCUAGGCCUGGCCUGUGACUGGUGCUCUAAAAAUCAACACUUGGAGAUUUUUCCUUUCCCAUCCUUAACCACAUAUGAUCCUGUGUUUAUGAUCAGAUACCUUUCUAGAGAAGAGCACACCUGGAAGUCAAGGUCUUCUAUGUAAGGGACAACCUAAGUGAUGACUGAAAUCAUAGAAUCUUCUUUAAGAAGGGGGUAGUAGUAGUGGAAAGAUUCGUUGGAUAGCUGUACUGGACAGCUUUAGUUGUCAACUUGACACACCUGGUUAGAGGGGACCUCAACUGGGAAUUGUCUCCAUUGG